GCUGCCAUGAACACCUUCCUGUUCUCCGCGCUGUGCCUUGGCACUUGGGCUGCCCUGGCAGGGGCAGUCACUGUGCAGGAUGGAGAUUUCUCCUUUCCACUGGAGUCAGUGAAGAAACUUAAAGACCUCCCAAAGGUCCCAGAGCCCAGGAUUCAGGGCCACAGGAAGUUUGUGGCUCCACCACUCUGCAGCAACCCAGGGUUUCCGGAAGAGCUCCGGCCUGUCUGCAGUCAGCCUAAUGCAGAGGACAUCCUGCACCGACUUGAGGUCAUUGCUCAGGACCCGAGCACAUGUGAGAUCUGUGCCUACGCUGCCUGUGCCGGAUGCUAGGGCGGCCCUGCUCACUGCCUUCCUUCCAGGGAAACCCUUUCUUCUGCUGAAAGGACAACCUGUGAUCCUCCCGCUCCCAGCAGCUCAACCUGCACUGCCCUAGAAGGGAGUCCAGGGAGGCGCUGCCUGACUGGGGGCUCCAGG